AUGACCCGUCUCCUUGCGUCCCUCUCGCGCGCGGCCCGUACUGGCGCCGCUGGCCCCCUCCGCUCGGCGCUGCCCCGUGCCGCCGCUGCGCGCCCCGCCCUCGCUGCGUCGGCCGCCCCGCGCCUCGUCGCCCUCAAGCACUCGGUCCCCGUCCACGAUGUCAUGACUGGCGAGCUCAUCUCGACCCCGGACAUUGAUGUGUCCCAACUCCAGGUCGAGUUGACCAAGAACCCCAAGACUCGCCCGCCGGCGUCCAAGCUCAUCUUCGGCCACACCUUCACCGACCACAUGCUCACCAUCCCCUGGAGCGAGUCUACUGGCUGGGGCGCUCCCGAGAUCAAGCCUUACCAGCCUCUCUGCCUCGACCCCUCGGCGACCGUCUUCCACUACGCCUUCACCCUCUUCGAGGGCACCAAGGCCUACAAGGACAACGAGGGCACUGUGCGCCUCUUCCGUCCCGACAUGAACAUGGCCCGCAUGAACCGCUCGGCUGCCCGUAUCGCUCUGCCCACCUUUGACGGUGAGGCGCUCACCGAGCUCAUCAAGAAGCUCGUCAUGAUCGACUCGGAGUGGAUCCCCAAGGAGAAGGGCUACUCGCUCUACAUCCGCCCCACCAUGAUCGGUACCCAGAACGCGCUCGGCGUGGGACCCUCGUCUGACGCUCUCCUGUUUGUCAUUUGCUCGCCCGUCGGCCCUUACUACGCCUCGGGCUUCAAGCCCGUCCAGCUGUACGCCACCACCGAGUUUGUGCGCGCCGCUCCCGGCGGCACCGGCGGCUACAAGCUUGGCUCCAACUACGCCCCCGGUGUCGUGCCCCAGGCUGCUGCCGCCAAGGCCGGCUACAGCCAGAACCUCUGGCUCCUCGGCGACGAGCACGCGCUCACCGAGGUCGGCACCAUGAACCUCUUUGUGGCGUUUAAGAAGCCCGACGGCACCAUCGAGCUCACCACCCCUCCCCUCGCCGACGUCGUGCUCCCCGGUGUCACCCGUGACUCGGCGCUCAAGCUCGCCCGCGACCACGCCGCCGGCAAGAUCAGGAUCCCGGGCUUCCCCGAAAAGCUCGAGGUGUCGGAGCGCAAGCUCGUCAUGGCCGACCUCGUCGAGGCCGAGAAGAACGGCACCCUCGUCGAGGUGUUUGGCACCGGUACCGCCGCCAUCGUGUCGGCCGUCGACAAGAUUGGCUACCUCGGCCGCGACAUUGUCAUCCCCUGCGGCCCCGCCGGCCAGGGCAUGGGCGACAUUGCCAAGGGCGUGCUUGAGACCUUGCAGGGCAUCCAGAGCGGCGAGCUGGAGAGCGAGUGGGCCGUCAUUGCCAACGACAGCGCUUAG